AUGAACGUGAUUGCGCAGACCAAGGCGGGCGACCCCGACAACGUCAUCUUCGUCGGCGCGCACUCGGACUCCGUCGAGGCGGGACCGGGCAUCAACGACAACGGGUCCGGCUCCAUCGGCAUCCUCGAAGUCGCGCUCAACCUGGCCAAGUACGAGGUUAACAACGCGGUGCGGUUCGCGUGGUGGUCGGCAGAGGAGUUCGGGCUGCUGGGCGCGGAGUACUACGUUAACCAGUCGGCGCCCGAGGACCUGGACAAGAUCCGGCUGUACCUUAACUUCGACAUGAUCGCGUCGCCCAACUACUUCCUGGGCAUCUACGACGGCGACGGGUCGGCCUUCAACCUUAGCGGGCCGACGGGGUCGGCCGAGGCCGAGGCGCUGUUCGAGGGCUACUUCGCGAGCAAGGACGUGCCGUCGCAGCCGACCGAGUUCAGCGGCCGCUCCGACUACGGCCCGUUCCUCGACGUCGGCGUCGCGGCCGGCGGCCUCUUCACCGGCGCCGAGGAGAUCAAGACGGAGGAGGAGGCGGCCCUGUACGGCGGCACCGCCGGCGUGGCGUACGACGCCAACUACCACCGCGUGGGCGACACGGUGGACAACCUGAACCUGGAGGCGUUCUUGAUCAACACGCGGGCCAUCGCGCACGCGGUGGCGACGUAUGCCGAGUCGUUCGACACGCUGCCGGCGCGCAGCAGGCGCAACGUCCGGCUCAACCCGCUGGUCCAGAAGCCGAAGGUGACGGGCUGCCACCACAAGCACGAGGAGGCCAAGGCGAGGUAG